AUGGCAACCACCGCUCACCAGAAGGAGACCGAGUCUCCGCCUCCGGAGAUCUCGCCGGAGAAGACCAACCCGGGCCACGAUGCCGCUGCCGUCGGUCCUCAGGCCUACGACAACGAGACUUCCCCUCACAUCAUGGGCCACAAGUCCCCCGGUGUCGUGAGAAUCGAGGCCCUCUCCGAGGCCAUGACCCGCCUCGACCGCGUCUUCAUCUUCUUCGGCGUCUUCCUCGUCGCCUACGCCUACGGUCUCGACGGCACCCUCCGCUACGCCUACCAGCCCACCGCCACCUCGUCCUACGCCAACCAUUCCCUCCUGGCCAGUAUCAACGUGCUCCGCUCCGUCAUCGCCGCCGCCGCCCAGCCCACCUCGGCCAAGAUUGCCGACGUCUUCGGCCGUGUCGAGCUCAUCUGCGUCUCCGUCCUGUUCUACGUCGUCGGCACUGUCGUCGAGGCCUGCGCUACUAAUGUCUCUGCAUUUGCCGGAGGAGCCGUGCUGUACCAGAUCGGCUACACCAUGAUCAUGCUCAUGGUCGAGGUCAUCGUCGCGGAUAUCACCUCCACCCGCGCCCGCCUGCUGUUCAGCUACAUCCCCGCCCUGCCCUUCAUCAUCAACACCUGGGUGAGCGGCAACAUCUCCCAGCUCGUCCUCGGGGAGAGCACCUGGCAGUGGGGAAUCGGCAUGUGGUGCAUCAUCUACCCCGUCUGCUCCCUGCCCCUCAUCAUCAGCCUGAUCAUCGUCGGCCGCCGCGCCAAGAGGAUGGGCCUGCUCAACUCCUACCAGUCCUCCUUCCACGCCCUGGGCUUCAAGGACUUCAUGAUCCAGCUCUUCUGGCAGCUCGACGUCGUCGGCAUCAUCCUCGUCAUCGCCGUCUUCGCCCUGGUCCUUGUCCCGCUCACCAUCGCCGGCGGCUUCGACACGCAGUGGCGCGAGCCCCACGUCAUCGCCCCUCUGGUCAUUGGCGUCUGCUGCAUCCCCGUCUUCGUAUGGUGGGAGCGCAAGGCCAAGCACCCCCUCGUCCCCUUCUACCUGAUGAAGGACCGCGGCAUCCUGGCCCCCCUCGGCAUCGCCCUCUUCCUUAACUGGUGUUGGUACAUGCAGGGCGACUACCUCUACACGGUCUGCAUCGUCGCGUUCGACUUCAGCAUCGCCUCCGCCACCCGCAUCACAUCGCUGUACUCCUUCUGCAGCGUCAUCACCGGCUUCAUCCUCGGUUUCGUCGUCUUCAAGGUCCGCCGCCUCAAGUACUUCAUCGUCGUCGGCACCAUGCUGUUCAUGGUCGCCUUCGGCCUCCUCAUCCACUACCGCGGCUCGCCCUCCGGCCAGAGCGGCGUCAUCGGCGCGCAGGUCCUCCUCGGUAUCGCCGGCGGCAUGUUCCCGUACCCGGCGCAGGCCUCGCUGCAGACGAGCCUGAAGCACGAGCACCUCGCCCUCAUGACCGGUCUGUACCUGGCCACCUACAACAUCGGCUCCGCCUUCGGCAACACCAUCUCCGGCGCCAUCUGGACGCAGGUCCUUCCCGGCAUCCUCGAGGAGAAGCUCGCCCCCCUCGGAAACGACACCCUCGCGCAGCUCACGUACGGCUCGCCGUUCGCCGUCAUCGUCGAGUACCCCGUCGGCACCCCCGAGCGUUCCGCCAUCAUCGACUCGUACCAGUCCGUGCAGCGUCUGCUCACCAUCACGGGUAUCUGCUUGACGGUGCCGUUGAUCGCGUUCGCCUUCCUCCUGAGAAACCCCAAGUUGAACGACCAGCAGACUUUGGCCGUGGAAUCCGAUAGCGAAAACCACGUCCGGGGCCGGGACGACAACAACGACCUCGUCACGAAGAUCUAG